AUGGUUGGUGCGCGUGUCAUGCUGAACGCAGGUGGCGAAACGUGGGGGAGGGGCGAAGAGGAUCCGUGGAUCCCAAGGUCCCAAGGCGGAGAUGAACCCACUGAACCACUCACCAACGCUCAAGCACUUGUCGACUUUCUUCAACCCGCUGGCGCAAAGUAUGCCUAUCUCUCAGAGGCUACGGGGAGGCCCAUCCCUCUGGGCGCACCUUUUCCAACGCCAAUAUUCUUCCGCAAGAGUUUACGAUCGCUGCUAUCGCCUCACGACAACAAGCUCCUGUAUCUGCUACCUGACAGCAGCAACCACAAAUGCCAGACACCAUGCUUCCAAGAUAGCUCAUUGCUGCCUCCAGAUAUGUCCUCUGACAAUUACUACCAGAACGCCGUGAGGAAAAGGCCGUUCGAUGGCCAAUAUACAGCCACCUCCGUUAUCGUCACCCUGUCCAUCGCAUUGGCCUUCUACAACUCCCUAGAAAUGGUGCUUCUGAUUUUGACCACCUUUAAGAGAAAGACAGGCCUAUAUUUCUGGAGCUUGAGCAUCUGCAACUAUGGCGUCGUGUCGUACACGCUGGGGAUGACGUUGAGUUACUUUAACAUCUGCGACUUUUGGCUGAGUGGGCUUCUGCUCGACUCGGGAUGGCUGUGCAUGAUUACCUGCCAAUCUCUUGUCCUGUACUCGCGGUUGGGAUUGAUCCUCGAUAAUGUCAACAUUCUGAGGGCAGUGAAGUGGAUGAUUAUUGUCACCAGUGUGUUCAUCGGAGGCCCUACGGUGAUUCUGGACUGGGGCCACGCAUAUUCACCCAAUCCAAAGUUUGCCCAAGCGUACUUUUACGUGGAGCAUAUUCAGAUGACAAUCAUCACGCUCCAGGAGCUGAUCAUUUCCGGGCUCUACGUGUGGAAGACGAUGGUUUUGCUCAGAGUCAUUUCCAAGGAAAACACUCGGAGUAUGAUUUGGCAGCUCUUGACCAUCAAUGUUAUGAUUAUCUGCAUGGACACGGCGCUGGUCAUGCUACAAUACAAGCGUCUCCAGCUCUACCAAGAAAGCAUCAAAGGCUUCGUCUACAGUGUCAAGUUGAAACUCGAGUUGAAUAUCCUCUCCAAGCUGGUGGACCUGGUGCAGCGAGAUUCCAUGGACAGAUCGAUGAAUCUGGAAAUCAUUGACGCAAGCUCCCUCGCAGGACAGACGCAAGCAGCGGUGCGACGGGAGUCGUGGAUACCAGACCAUCUCGGCUCAUGGGCGUCAACCACGGACAAAGGAGUCGAGAAGCACAUGGAGGAGGUCUACAACAGUAAGGCGGCAGACACAUUUCCGGGCUCAAGACCAUCGGAUGAGGUCGAUGGCAUCACGCGGGUUUUUUCACAGAACUCUAGAUAUAGUGCGAGGACAGCGCGCCGAGAGUCUGACAUUUUGUAUGCAGAGGUCCUUCGCUCUAUGAAGUAG